AUGUUUUGCUCCGAAGAAAGGUCGACCUUUCAUAAUACAGGUGAACUGAUGGACAACACCUGCAGCAGUCAUCAACCUGCAGCAGUCAUCAACCUGCAGCAGUCAUCAACCUGCAGCAGUCAUCAACCUGUAACAGUCAUCAACCUGCAGCAGUCAUCAACCUGCAGCAGUCAUCAACCUGCAGCAGUCAUCAACCUGCAACAGUCAUCAACCUGCAGCAGUCAUCAACCUGCAGCAGUCAUCAACCUGCAGCAGUCAUCAACCUGUAACAGUCAUCAACCUGCAGCAGUCAUCAACCUGCAGCAGUCAUCAACCUGCAGCAGUCAUCAACCUGUAACAGUCAUCAACCUGCAGCAGUCAUCAACCUGUAACAGUCAUCAACCUGCAGCAGUCAUCAACCUGCAGCAGUCAUCAACCUGCAGCAGUCAUCAACCUGUAACAGUCAUCAACCUGCAGCAGUCAUCAACCUGUAACAGUCAUCAACCUGCAGCAGUUAUCAACCUGCAGCAGUCAUCAACCUGUAACAGUCAUCAACCUGCAGCAGUCAUCAACCUGCAGCAGUCAUCAACCUGCAGCAGUCAUCAACCUGUAACAGUCAUCAACCUGCAGCAGUCAUCAACCUGUAACAGUCAUAAACCUGUAACAGUCAUCAACCUGCAGCAGUCAUCAACCUGCAGCAGUCAUCAACCUGUAGCAGUCAUCAACCUGCAGCUGUCAUCAACCUGUAACAGUCAUCAACCUGUAACAGUCAUCAACCUGCAGCAGUCAUCAACCUGCAGCAGUCAUCAACCUGUAACAGUCAUCAACCUGCAGCAGUCAUCAACCUGCAGCAGUCAUCAACCUGCAGCAGUCAUCAACCUGCAUCAUCAACCUGCAGCAGUCAUCAACCUGCAGCAGUCAUCAACCUGCAGCAGUCAUCAACCUGCAGCAGUCAUCAACCUGCAGCAGUCAUCAACCUGCAGCAGUCAUCAACCUGUAACAUUCAUCAACCUGCAGCAGUCAUCAACCUGCAACAGUCAUCAACCUGCAGCAGUCAUCAACCUGCAACAGUCAUCAACCUGUAACAGUCAUCAACCUGCAGCAGUCAUCAAUCUGCAGCAGUCAUCAACCUGCAGCAGUCAUCAACCUGUAGCAGUCAUCAACCUGCAGCAGUCAUCAAGCUGCAGCAGUCAUCAACCUGCAGCAGUCAUCAACCUGCAGCAGUCAUCAACCUCAGUCAUCAACCUGCAGCAGUCAUCAACCUGUAACAGUCAUCAACCUGUAACAGUCAUCAACCUGCAGCAGUCAUCAACCUGUAGCAGUCAUCAACCUGUAGCAGUCAUCAACCUGCAGCAGUCAUCAACCUGCAGCAGUCAUCAACCUGCAGCAGUCAUCCACCUGCAGCAGUCAUCAACCUGCAGCAGUCAUCAACCUGCAGCAGUCAUCAACCUGCAGCAGUCAUCAACCUGCAGCAGUCAUCAACCUGCAGCAGUCAUCAACCUGCAGCAGUCAUCAACCUGCAGCAGUCAUCAACCUGUAACAGUCAUCAACCUGCAGCAGUCAUCAACCUGCAGCAGUCAUCAACCUGCAACAGUCAUCAACCUGCAACAGUCAUCAACCUGCAGCAGUCAUCAACUGCAGCAGUCAUCAACCUGCAGCAGUCAUCAACCUGCAGCAGUCAUCAACCUGCAGCAGUCAUCAACCUGCAGCAGUCAUCAACCUGCAGCAGUCAUCAACCUGCAGCAGUCAUCAACCUGCAGCAGUCAUCAACCUGCAGCAGUCAUCAACCUGCAGCAGUCAUCAACCUGCAGCAGUCAUCAACCUGCAGCAGUCAUCAACCUGCAGCAGUCAUCAACCUGCAGCAGUUAUCAACCUGCAGCAGUCAUCAACCUGCAGCAGUCAUCAACCUGCAGCAGUCAUCAACCUGCAUCAGUCAUCAACCUGCAACAGUCAUCAACCUGCAGCAGUCAUCAACCUGUAACAGUCAUCAACCUGCAGCAGUCAUCAACCUGCAGCAGUCAUCAACCUGCAGCAGUCAUCAACCUGCAGCAGUCAUCAACCUGCAGCAGUCAUCAACCUGCAGCAGUCAUCAACCUGCAGCAGUCAUCAACCUGUAACAGUCAUCAACCUGCAGCAGUCAUCAACCUGCAGCAGUCAUCAACCUGCAGCAGUCAUCAACCUGCAGCAGUCAUCAACCUGCAGCAGUCAUCAACUGCAGCAGUCUAUACAUCAACCAGACGAUUGGAUCCUAUAAAUAAGGAAAAUAUAGGAUUGGAUCCUAUAAAUAAGGAAACUAUAGGAUUGGAUCCUAUAAAUAAGGAAAAUAUAGGAUUGGAUCCUAUAAAUAAGGAAAAUAUAGGAUUGGAUACUAUAAAUAAGGAAACUAUAGGAUUGGAUCCUAUAAAUAAGGAAAAUAUAGGAUUGGAUACUAUAAAUAAGGAAACUAUAGGAUUGGAUCCUAUAAAUAAGGAAAAUAUAGGAUUGGAUCGUAUAAAUAAGGAAAAUAUAGGAUUGGAUACUAUAAAUAAGGAAACUAUAGGAUUGGAUCCUAUAAAUAAGGAAAAUAUAGGAUUG